CUCCCCGCUGCCCAGAGCGCCGCCGGGGCGGGGCGGGGACCGGGACCGGGACCGGGAGCGGGCGGCAUGGCGUGCGGCCGGGGGGCUCUGAUCGUGCUGGAAGGGGUGGACAGGGCCGGCAAGAGCACGCAGGGCCGGCGGCUGGUGGAGGCGCUGCGGGCCGGCGGGCACCGCGCCGACCUCCUCCGCUUCCCCGAGAGGACGACGGAGAUCGGGCGGCUGCUGGGAGCCUACCUGGCGGGGGAGAAGGACGUGGAGGACCACGCCGUGCACCUCCUGUUCUCUGCCAACCGCUGGGAGCACGUGCCUUCAAUGAAAGAGAAACUACAUCAAGGGGUCACGCUUGUGGUUGACAGAUAUGCCUUUUCUGGAGUGGCCUUCACAAGCGCCAAGGAGAACUUCUGCAUGGACUGGUGCAAACAGCCCGACAUAGGACUCCCAAAGCCAGAUCUGAUUCUGUUUCUUCAGUUAAGCCCAGAGGAAGCAGCAGCACGAGGGGACUUCGGAAGUGAACGUUACGAGAACAGCCUCUUCCAAGAGAAAGUUCUACAGUCCUUCUGUCAUCUGAUGAAGGACAAGACGUUAAAUUGGAAGAUGAUUGAUGCUUCAAAGAGCAUAGAAGACUUGCACAGAGAAAUUAAGUCCAUUGCAGAGGAAACCAUGCUGGAGGUACAGAAUAAACCUUUGGGAGAACUCUGGAAAUAAAACUUAAUACAGGUUAUUCUUUUAGACCUACCAGAAAAUUCACCUCUUGGACCUUCCUUGGGUGGAUGACAUCUCUACAUCACGUUCUAGUUACUACAGCUUAGAUCACGUGUUCCUGGUCCAGCAUGGUACUGGUGUGCUUUUGACUGUGCCUGCUUCUCCUCUUCCAUUCUCCAUGGCCCCCGCUGCUUUUUUUAUAAGCAAGCAUACGGAGAGCACAAAACAUUCCUUGUGGAAGCUUCCCUGCUUCAGGUAGGAUCUCUUGUUGUAGGCUUGGUCCUGUAAUGUAGAUUUGGAUACUGAGCCCAGAGCUUCCCCAAACGUGAUCCGCAGCAACAGGUGGGGAACAGCCUUCCCAUAUUUGAAGUUCCAGAGAACUACCAUGUUUCUGGUUCUUCUUUCUCUCUAGUGGAAUGCAUCCCCUGUGCUAAAACCAGCUCUUAUAAUGCUUUCUAAUAAAUUACUCUUUUAAACGUUU